CUCAAAUAUUGCUAGACAUGUAAUCUGUGCAUUUUUUGCGUGCAUCGAGCCACCGUCCCUCGAGGCACCACAGCCUAGUCCUCGUGCCCCGCAACACCAAACACCCCGACCGCCCAACUUCUCGCGCACGCAACCAAAACACCCCCACACCCACCCCGACACCCACACGCGAUCAUGGCCGACGACGACCUCGAGCAGAUCCGCCGCGCGCGCCUCCAACAGCUCCGCGAACAAGGCGGCGCCGGCGGCGAAGGCUCAGAGCAAGAUGCAAAGCAGCAGCGCGAAUCCGACCAACGCACCUCCAUCCUCACGCAGAUCCUCACCCCCGACGCCGCCGACCGCCUCGGCCGCAUCCGCCUCGUCAAAGAAUCUCGCGCAACCGACAUCGAGAACCGGCUGAUUAUGCUGGCGAAAACGGGCCAGCUGCGCGCCAAGGUUACCGAGGAGCAGCUCAAGGAGCUGCUGGGCGCGGUGGCCGAGCAGCAGGAGAAGGAGGAGGCAAAGAUUGUGGUGAAUCGGAGGGGGGGUGGGGGGUGGGAUGAUGAUGAUUUGGAUGAUUUGUUGAAGGAUGUGUAG